AUGCGCAUUGAUUAUUGUAUCAGAAAAACUCACAAAUGUGCUGUUCCAUUCGUCAAUGAGAUUUUGACAUUGCGCCGCCAUCAACAAGCAGUGCAUAGGGCCAAAUAUCUCAAAUGGGCUGAAAAAAAAAAGUUCAAAUCGAUGCUCCCCAAAGAUACAAAACGCCGCCGAGAGGAAUUGGCCACUGAUAAUCAGACCAACAUAGAUGGGCACUUGAAGCAAGACAAGGUUGUCCAGUAUUCGGAUGUGCUAUUUCGAGAGGCUGCACUCGAAUGGCUGAUAGAGACUGACCAGCCUAUCGAUGCGCUUGAACACCCUGCAUUCAAAAACAUGAUUGAUAUUGCGGCUCGCUCGACCAACGGCAUCAAAAUUCCCAAUCGCAGGCAGACAUGA